GAACUGGACAAUGAGACAAUAGAAAUACAACUCCGCCGUCUACCCCGUGAUGCUCAUCAAAUUCACCAACACACACAUUCACUCUGAUGCACCAUUUGCGUAUCUUCCCUCACUUGUUCCCACGACUUGCUUUGCAUCCUUCUGUUCAGCUCAAAUCUUCUGUAACUAAUGGCUUCAAUGUCCCCAUUUACUGUCCUCGUCUUCUUGGCUGUCUUCUUUGCCAAUUCACAAGUUCUAAUUUCCACUACCGAUCAUCCAAGAACAACUUCAUCAGCUUCUCCAGCAGUUUCACCCUACGUCACUGCACCUAAUAUCUCAUCAUUCUUCCCUCGUCCAACAGGCGUCGAUCAUGGAACACCGAGUUCUGCAGCUUCCCCUCAGGCAGAAGCACCCGGACCGAGUUCAGGCGAAUUUGUUGGGAAGAUUUUUUCCAGUUCAACCAGGUUGGAUUGCUCAGCUGCCAUUGUUGGGAUCCUGCUCAUCUCUAGUUUCUUGCAAACAAGCAUGGUUGUUUGAGUCUGGUGUUUUUGUAUCGAGGAUCGUUUUCAGUUUUCCAAUAACGUACCUGCUGAAGAUUUGAUAAGCCCGUUUUAAGGGAGCCGUAUGUUGCCAAUUCAAUCGAGUAUUAGAAAAUCAAAUUUUAUUUUUCUCGUUC